AUGGAAAACCAAUCUUUCGGUAUGCUAUCAUGCUUCAGAAACCACAAAAACAAGAGAAAAGAGGGCUACUUCCUGAAGAAUGGAUCUGUGAUGUUGGAACAGCUCAUCCAUUCUUUUAAUGGGAAUUGUAAUCCGAUUCGGAUGUACUCUGGAAAAGAGCUCAAGAAGGCAACAAACGACUACAGCUGGGAUAGAAUGACACAUGAGGAUUGGAACUUCCAACUGUACAAAGGAGUUCAUGACGAUCAUGAAAUUCUAGUGAAGAAGUUUAAAGGAGCCUCAAACAGUUGCAUGGACCCUCUAGAACUAAUUACAAAUGAAGCUGCUGUUGCCUCAAACAUGAGCAAGCAAAAGAAUGUUUUGAAGCUCUUGGGCUGCUGCCUUGAGACUGAGUUGCCUACUCUUGUUUAUGAAUUCCCAGCAAAAGGAAUUCUCUCCCAUCACAUCUAUAGGGACAGUCAAUUGCUACCAUGGCAGAUUAAGCUAAAGAUUGCAGUUGGAGUAGCAGAUGCAGUGGCGUAUCUCCACUACGGCAUGAGAAAGAGGUUCAUCCAUCGACAUAUAAAGACAGAACAUAUCUUCUUAGACCAAGACUACGUUGCCAAACUGUCUGAGUUCCAAACCUCCGUACCAAUUCCUUGUGGUGAAAUUAAUGUUGAUGCCAAAGUGUUCGGGGCUCCACACCACUUUGCUCCAGAACUAUACACUUGUGGGCGUUAUAACGAGAAAAGUGAUGUCUAUCAUUUUGGGAUUGUACUGUGUGACAUUCUAACAGGAAAGAACACUGCUGAUUUACAAGCUUUUGAGGUUGUAGCGGAUUUGGAAAGCACUUUGGAUGAUAGAAGCAUGGGGCAAGUAGCAGAAUGCACCAAGCUCGCAUUAUGGUGUCUCGAGCAAGAUCCUUAUGAUAGGCCCACCAUGAAAGAU